AUGACCAUCGCAUGCUUUCUCUCUGGUGCUGCCAUUUUUACUGUUGGGGGCCACCUUUCUUACCUCAAUGCUGCACCACAACAAGCUCGAAUCAAAGCUCGCAAGGAUUUGGUCUUGGAGACGUUGAAAAGGAAGUAUGGUUACAUUCCCCCACAGGAAGCCCGAAGAAUGGCUCGCAAUGAUUUGGUCAAAGAGACAUUUAGUAACAUUGGGUUUAAAAAACACAGGAGUGAGGACUCACACUUGCUAGAAGAAGCCUUGGUAGUUGUUGGCAUAGAGAACAUGGAUUCUUCAAGCAUUAUGUCCUCACUCUUAAGAGCACUCACGGUUCUCCUUUUCCCUAUGUUUCUAACCAGAAAUGAACAUUAUUUUGAGCUUGAACUGUUAGAAAAUUAUAUGGAAAUGGAGAUUCAAGAACAAAGGGAGCAAAAUGAACCUCAUGAAGAUGAACCGGCUGGCCAAAAUACAACGAAGGACAAUGUCCAUAAAUGGUUUGAGCAAGAAAUUGAUUCGAAUGUUAAGUGGUGCUUGGCUUUAAACAGAGUGGUGUUUCAAGGGGCAAGUGAGUUCCAAAAUCUAAUUGUUCUUGCUACAAAGCGUUUCGGACAGGCUCUCGUGAUUGAUGGGCAUUUGCAAAACACAGAAAUGGACGAAUAUAUUUACCAUGAAAGCUUGGUCCAUCCUGCUUUGUUAAUGCAUAAUGAACCCAAAACUGUAUUUAUCAUGGGGGGAGGUGGAGGAUCUGCAGCUAGAGAGGUACUCAAGCACAACGACAUUAAGAAAGUGAUAAUAUGUGAUAUCGAUAGUGAAAUUGCCAAUUGGAGCCGCCGGUAUAUGACGUCAAACCAUGAGGCAUUGAAUGACGAGAGGCUUCGAACUGUUUACAAUGAUGCAAAGGAUGAACUGGAGAAGUCUGAAGAGAGGUUUGAUGUGAUAGUUGGAGAUCUUCCUGACCCAAAUGAAUCAAAGCCUUGCAAUAGCCUCUACACAAAAUCCUUUUAUGGGAAUGUUGUCAAACCAAAGCUCAAGGAGAAUGGUAUCUUUGUCACUCAAGCUGGUCCUGCGGGGAUUCUUACACACAAGGCUGUAUUCUCUCCAAUAUACAACACCAUAAAGCAAGUUUUCUCUUAUGUGAUUGCAUACACAGCUUUGGUGCCAUCCUAUGGAGAUUCGUAUGGAUGGAUCAUGGCUUCAGAUGAACCAAUGAAUCUUGACGCCGAGCAACUCAACAAUAGGAUUGGUGAAAGAAUAAGGGGGGAGUUAAGCUAUCUCGAUGGCCCUCUCAUUGUUGCACAGACAGUCCUAAACAAGACCUUGAAAAAUUCACUUAAGGAAGAGACUCGGAUCUUAACUGAAGAAAAUGAGAAUGUGGGAUUUAUGCGUCAACGUGGAGUUCGCAGCGAGGCUUAG